UUAUCGAUACUACCAAUAGUCAUUAUCCCAUCACUAGAACACUAAUUAAAUUGUAAAUUAAAAAUAAAAACUCGGUAAUUAGCAACAAUGGCCACCUUGGAGGAUAAACUACUGGGUGAGAAACUGGAGUACUACUGCAGCAGCAGCGAGGGCGAGGACAACGGAGACGAGGGCGAUGACUCCAAGGGGGCCGCGGGUAAAUCGCGGUCCUCCGGCCUGACCAUCGACACAAAUCCGGAUGCGACUCCGGCUGGGGGAUUCCGGCAGCAGGGCUCCACGAACACUGGUCCCAAGGGCGUGGUCAAGGAUUGGCAGCGGUUCAAGCAGCUGGAAGCGGAGCGCCGCGAUGAAACGGAGCGCCAACGGCUGGCGCUGGCCAAGAAGCUGACCAUCACCACGGCCACGGCGGCGGAGGAUGAGGAGCGCAAGCGGCAGGAGGAGCUGGACGCCGAGCUGGACGAACUGAUGAGCGAGGACUUCCUGCAGCAAUACCAGAAGCAGCGGAUGGCCGAGAUGCUGCGCCAGACGGGACACCACCAGCAGUUUGGCCAGGUGCAACAGCUGAGCACCCAUGGGGAAUUCCUGGCCUGCGUGGAGCAGGAGAACAAGCACACCACCAUCAUCAUCCACAUCUACGAACGACAGUUGGCCGCCUGCACCACUUUGAACAAAUGCCUGGACAGCCUGGCCAGCGAUUAUCCGUCCAUUAAGUUCGCCAAGAUCUGCAGCUCCGUGGCCGGAAUGAGCCGGGAUUUCCGCACCAAGGGACUACCCGCUCUGCUGGUCUACAAGGCUCAAGCGGUCAUCGGGAACUUUGUGCGGCUAACCGAUGAUCUCAGCGAUGAUUUCUUUGCCUCCGAUGUCGAGAGUUUCCUCAUCGAACACGGCAUUUUAGUGGACAGAGCUCUGUACAAUUAGGCUUUUAGCUAAGGCCCUAAAUUUAUGGACUGACAAGUUACUUUACUCGACUUAUCCCAAGCCUGGAGCUUUAAAAUCAAUAGUUUUAGAUUCCAAAACCCUAAUAUGAACCAUCAAAUCACAAAGUAUUUUGUAAAAUUCCAAACCAUUGCUUAGAGAAAUAUGGAAAAGACUAAAACACUUUGCAAAACACAUGCCAACAAAACAUUUCUGGUUAUCACUUUUAAUAAGGUUUUGUUUAAAACAAAUAUAUAUUCUUCAAGCUUACACGAAACAAUAUUAAGUUUAGCUAAUUGCUGAAUUAAAAAAAAACUAUUUUCUCAAUAUCAUGUUCGAGUUAAUCGGAUUUUCUUUGACAGAUUACAAACUAUAACCCUAACAUGACAUUGAGAAAUCGAUCAAUCGAACAAAAAAGUAAAAAUCUUUCUAAUUGGAAUCUCCGCGUUAAUUGUCAGUCAAAUUUAGGGCCCAAACUUAAGCCGCAACUUCUGACCAAAUAUGUGUUCGUAAGUUUAGCAUUUAAGAUAACUAAGACCAGGCCCGCCCUUUUUAAUUUUUCAAUUAAAUUAUUUAUUUUUUUCCAUUCAGUAAUUAGUUACAUUAUAUGUAUGAUUCUUUUCUCUUCUGGUUUCUAUUUUUUUUUUAUUGUAUACAGAAUUUCUUAAAGUGCAACUUUCACAAAAUGGAAAAUGUCUCAAAAAAAUGGGGUAAAUCAAAAAAAUAAUAAAAUUUUAUUACAAAAAAUAUUUGAAAAAUGUAUUCGAAAUGCAUUAUGCACUUGAAAUUGUAUGGAACAGAUCCUGCUCAGUAAAUAUAGCGUACAUCUAUAACCUUUCCGUCAUCAUUUACAAUACGUUUUAUAUUUAUGUAAUAGGUUUUAGUGGCUAAUGAAUGUACUUCACUCGAACUCGUACUCUGUAAGAUUUAUACAAUUAUAUAUUUUAUAGCUUAUAGCCUACAAUAUACAGCAAUAAAAAUGAUGUCGAUACAAUAAAGUAUUUCUUCUUUUGCUAAUCAA